AGGACGGAGCGAGGCACGGGGGGAGGAGAGAGUAGCACUGAGUGGUGUGAGAGUGAGUGGAGGACUAAAAAAAGUGUGCAACGAAAGAGAGGUUCAUCUGUAAUUUCUGUCAAAGAAGUAACAAAGCUUUACUGCGAAAAGAUGUCAAACAGCGACGAAGAUGCCGGUGAGACGGAGUAAACAGCUGACGGACACUUAACGAAACAACUUGUUUCAAACAGGCUGUUCCUUCGGUCGGCUCGACUCGGGACGGUCGGCCGUUUUCCGCCGCAACUUGAGCAGAUUUCAUCGCUAUUAGUUACGGGACGAGACGCGAGGACCGACAGUUAGUUCUGAACCGCUCGGCUCGCGGAGAAAGCCAGCCCCUUGGUCGGUUUGGUCGGUUGGCGGAGAGCCGGGGAAGCCGACCGAGAGAGCGCGCGGCGGCGGUAGCGGCGGCUGGGGAACAGAAAUCCGCUGGAGCAGUGGCCACAGAAGUUUGCAGUGUGUCUUCACCUAGUUUUCCCGAUUGGGAACUUGAGGGGGAGGAAGCGGCCGAGAGACUGACUUUUGUUUCCACAAACCAACUUUGUGGAAUUCAUCUAGUUUCGCAAACUUCAUCCGCGAGCUACCCUGAGAAGUAGACACCGAAAGAAUGAAAACACCUGGAGAUAGUGGGUUUGCUUUCCCAGAUUGGGCCUACAAGCCUGAGUCAAGCCCUGGGUCACGACAGAUCCAGCUAUGGCAUUUCAUCCUGGAGCUGCUGAGGAAAGAGGAAUACCAUGAUGUGAUCGCUUGGCAGGGGGACUAUGGCGAGUUCGUCAUCAAGGACCCAGAUGAAGUGGCCCGGCUGUGGGGGGCUCGGAAGUGUAAACCGCAAAUGAACUACGACAAGCUAAGCAGGGCACUGAGAUACUACUACAACAAGAGGAUCCUCCAUAAGACCAAAGGCAAGAGGUUCACAUAUAAAUUCAACUUCAACAAGCUGGUGUUGGUCAACUACCCCUUCAUUGACAUGGGCUCUACUGGAAGUGCUGUUCCUCAAAGUGCCCCUCCUGUCCCCACUGGUGCCGGUACCCACUUCCGCUUCCCCCCUUCUACGCCCUCUGAAGUGCUCUCCCCUAACGAGGACCUGCGAAGCCCUGGGGUUGUGUUCAGCUCUGUGGCCCGGCGUAUGGCACGAGGCUCUGUCAGCGACUGCAGCGACGGUACCUCAGUCAAUUCUGAGAUCGAGGAGGGAAACACCGUGGCGGGCGAGGAGAGGGGUGGAGAGAGGGGUGUGAGUGGAGGUGGAGGAGGGCCUGGUGGUGGUGGUGGAGGGGGAGGAGGAGGAGGAGGCUACCGGAGCAUCAUCCAUCCACGUCUAUCUCAUGAAUCUCUGUUUCGCAUGUAUGGAGGACCAGGAAACCCCACUGGGCAUCCAAGCUCGCGUGGCCCCACAGGGCACCGAAUCCACCCAGAGCCCUUGUCGCCGUUCCCCGUGUCCCCUCUGCCAGGGCCCGGAGGAGCCGGCCUCUUAGCACCUCCUUUAUCGCCUGCCCUCUCCAUGACUCCCACGUCUCAUCUUCCCUACACUCCGUCACCGACCCUGUCACCGAUGCUAGGCUCCCACUUCUCCUUCAACCCAGAAGACAUGAAGCGCUACCUGCAGGCCCACACCCAGUCAGUGUACAACUACGGCCUCAGCCCCAGAGCCUUCCUCCAGUACCCCAACAUCGUCAUCCCUCAGCCUCACCGGCCCGCCACAGAGAAGUCUGGCCUGACUGGAGAGAGAGGCAUGCCUGAGAGGGCAGACAGAGCAGCGACAGCAGGGGGAGGAGAGCGGGGAGGAGACCGACACCACCAUCCAUCCCUGGCCCACUCCGCCCACCACCACCCGCAUCCACCUCACUCUGCCCACCCUCACCCCCAUUCCCAUCCCAUGCAUCACCCGCUGCACCUGGGCGAAGAGCCCCCGCACAUGUCUCCCUUCAAGUUCAAACUGCAGCCACCGCCACUGGGCAGGAAGCAGAGGGACGGGCAAAGCCAGAGUAAACUCCGCCAGAGCUCCCUUUCCUCCGGCUCAGGAUCUGGGUCCAUGUCGUCCACAUCUGGUUUGGGCUCCUCGCUGUCGUUUGGGAGUGACCUUAGCUCUGCCAGUGGCUCAGGCCUCAUUUCUGCCUCCUCAUCAACGCAGUCCCUAAACAGCGCAGGACUUCCUAAGAUAAAGGUGGAGCCUAUCUCUGACAUUGAGUCAGAGGAAGAGGUGGAAGUGACUGACAUCAGUGAUGAGGAUCCAGAUGAAAGAGAUGAGGACUUUGAGCUCUUCUCCUCCCGCCACUCCAGAGCUCCUGACCAUCACCACCACCACCUCCACCACCACCUUGCUAAUGGCACAGCUGUAACGCCACAUCAAUCCCAUCCUGAUGAGGACCUUGAUGAAGAUGUGUUUAAAGCUCCUGCUCCACCUCCGCCUGGCCUGAUGCCCUUCCUCACCUCGAUGCAUACACACUCCAACCGUGGGCUGCCAACCCUUAAGACCGAACCUGUCGAUCCAGGAGACAGUAACACGCCACCACCACAGACGGGCUCGGCAGGAGCUUCUCAGACCAAGUGCAUCCCCCUGAAGUUGCGCUUUAAGAGGCGCUGGAGUGAAGACCAGCGCAUGGAGGCCUCACAGGAAGAGUCAGACGACAAGAAAGUACGACCAGAGGACGAGAGGCAAAGUAAUGGACGGAUGGAGAUGGACGAGGAUGGGACAGGCAGUGGAGAAGGCGACAGUCCUCCUCCUUUAGCAUAUGAGGGCUCCUUAGCCACUCCGUUGGCCACACAUCGCAGGGUGAGCGCCGAGUUACAUCGUGCCACUGCACAGCUGUCUCUGGAAAACAAAGACUGCUGAUGAGAAACACUGUCCAAACACUACUGCCCUAGUAACACUGGAGGUGGUACAGGAGUUUGUAAAUCCGUAAUCCCUGUACCACACUGACAAACUAGAAAAGACCCCUGAAACCUCCAGUGAACUGGGAGAACAGUCCAGCAUACAUGCAUCAAACUAACACCUCAAAGACUGCCAGGCUCUUGUUCUGCCACAUCCACAGUCUCCUUGUCUAGGUGAGGGGUCUUCUGGGACAGGUUGUUGAGGAGGAGAGAGUCGCAGCUAUCCCAGGCUAACAAGGCUGAAAACAAAGAGAGGCUCCGUCUUAGAACUUCUCUCCCACGUGGCCAGUUGUGUUCCAGAUAUUGUGCCCCAGAAUUCCAGCUCCUGCCUUCAUCCCCCAGCAGUAGAAACAGCAGUCGGUCAACUCUUUCCUCAGGGGACCUGCACUCCCUUAAAGCCCAGCAACAAGCCAAGGCCGACGGCUUCGCCCUCUCCCUUAUGCUACUUUCCUUAGACAGCGGGACUUCAAUAAGUGCCUGUAUGUAAAACCCACAGCCAUGAAGGGACAGAGACGAGCACAAAGAAGGGAGAGUACAUAGGAGGAGGAUCGGUUUCAUUUAUCAUUGCUCCAUUCAUUUAGCAGAUAUUAAAAUCAUGGGGAUAAAAAGGAAAGUGUGUCUCCAAGACUGAAGAGUGGGGCUGUUGGGUGUGUCCUGACAGGACUCUUUAACUUGGCCCACUCCACUCAGGGAAGCUUAUUGCUGUAUGUCUAUUGGAUUCAUGCACACAAACACACACAUGCAAAAAAAAAAACAAAACAAAACAGAAAAAACCCAGCCAAUAGUGAAUGGAUGUUGGGGGAUGUGCAGUUGCUGAUAGGCACUAAACAGUGUUCACUGUGGUGCAAAUCUGUACACACAUUAACACUCUGACUCUGGCACACUGUUCUUUCAGAGCUUUUUGACUUUUGUACAUCCUUCUUUCUGCCUUUCUCCUAUCCUGCCUUUCUUUCUCUUGCGGACCACCUGUGGAAAGAUCAUGAUUCCACUCUCAGAAAUAAUUUGAAUCCCCAGGGAGAUGUGAGGAGACAACUGCAGAGAACGAAGAGAGAACGAGCUGCUGAGGGGACCACAAGGGGAAAGCAACUGCGGAGGAAAGGUCUGAGGUCAGGAGGUGGGAGUCGCAGUCACUGCUAACUUGUUAACCAGCCUUUUUACCUCUCUCACAUGUAAAAUAGUUCCCCUUCAUCUCCCAGCGGCCCAGAGUCCUAAUUCACCAGCUUACGCUCCUCUAACAAUCAUAGAUAGUGUUCAACUAAACCAGCAAAUGUUCAUACAAACAUACACACAUGCACGACACUGCCUUCGGCUCUUAAAAAUGCUCCCUCUCUCUCAGUCUUUGAGGAACUUCAGCUCUGGUCGUAGCGGGGUCGUCCUUGGGUCCUGAGCGAGUCGACUACACUAGGUCCAAGAGCCUGAGAGGGCAGGGAUCACCUAAGACCUCACACACACUGCCUCUCUAUGCCUUGUUUUUAUAGCAUGUACAAAAGUGCAAACUGAGCUCUAAUAACACACACACAGACUAUAUCUUUAUAUAUUUUAAAUGAAAUUAUUAAAAAAAAGAAGUGAGAUUUUAAAGAACCAUAGCAUUUUACAGAUACGGUUGAUUCAGGAGUUUUUAAGUGGAUUAUUUUUGAGUGGUAGGAACAUUCACACUUGGUAGUAGUACGGUAAGGGUGGGGUGAGGGUGUCAGGAACGAAGAGUGGUGGGUGUGUAGGUUUUUGUUGUACAUUUGUUUCAUAGAUAUAACAGCACAGGCCAGUCUACCAGAAGAAGACCAGCAAGAAAAACAACAAACAUAGGAAACAACAAUCAGUAGUCAGACUGGUAGUGAUUCAGACACUCCCUUUGCUUUUCACUUCAUUUGCCACAGGUUAUCUUUUUAGUACACAGCGCUCAUUUCUGUUCACGCAGUUUAGUCUCAGCACAUAGGGUCUCUCAUUUCCAAACCCUGUUCUUAUGGGUGAAUUAUCAGCUCAUGGACUAUCAUCAGUGAAAUCUGUCCCUUUCUGAUUAGUCCAGGUAAUAUGUACAGAAUUUGAGAUAUUGUAUUUUGCAUCAUGUUUCCUGAACCACACAUGAUACCGCCGAAAAAGCGGUGUCUCCUCCCCUAUGUUUUGAUGGUCAAGGAUAACAACAAUACCAUAUACGACCCCACAAACUGUUCAGGUAAAUAAUUAAUGGCGAGUUCAGGGAUGUGAGAAGGAAAUCGAUGUGGAGGAGACAGCGCAGGAGGCAGUGAAAAAUAGGCUCAACAACAAAACGAUCAUGUUUCUGAAAUAAAGGUUUUAAGUAAAUCUUUGACAGGUUCUUUUUUUUUUUUUAAAGUUGCUCCAGUAUUGUUCUACAUGUUACAAUCGUCGUACUGACAGGGUUAAUUAAAAAAAAAAAAAGGAUUGAGAAACACAUCUAAUGUGACAUUAUGAAAUCUAAUGUAGUUUCUUAGUUCUUCUUACUGCAUUCACAAUUAAUUAUUCAUCUGAGCAGUUUAUGAUGUUGUAUACAUUGUCUAUUCUCAAAGGGAGACUGAAGAGCCCGUUACCUCCAGUAAUUUACCCAUAUGUUUUUAGCCACAUUUACAUGACUGAUUUUAGGGAUUCAAAGUGAUGCACAAAUAAUCAAGGAUGUUAAUUUAGGCUCACAAUUUAUUGGUAAGACGUUGCUUGUUUGGGAAACACUGGUAUAUGGUGUCAUUAAACGUGUUUAUUUAAAAUGUGACACAAAUUUGAAGCAAACUUUUGGAAAGAAAAACACAUCUGCAUUUUUCUACUGCAUUACUUCAAAAUUCACUGAAAAUACACUUGUGGGAAACGGCAUCAAAACACAGGGUUGAGUUCACAUAUGCUGUGAUAGUAAGAGAUAUGAUAUAAAACACUGAAUUUAUUUGUGGUGUAAAGUGAAAUGGCUGCACAUGAUGUUUUGGCUCCUUUUCUCAAAAUGUUUCUGUGCUGUAAUGUACCAACUUUAAUGCUUUGAAGACAAAAAAUAACAUUUCCACACAUCACCCAGACUAAGUGAGGACAAUGCUCCAACGCUGACACCAGCUUUAGACUAAAGUAACAGGAGAGAAGGGAUUAAAAGGUUAAUUAUUACUGUAAGAGAACACUGACAUGUCCUGAAAUGCCCUCUCCUCAAACUAUGCACACACGCAGAAAAGAAUCUUCACAAACAUAGGCGUAAUUAUGUUUUAACCUCCUGGAGCUUUUCAUCUCUGCAGCCCGGCUUCUGAUUGGUCAACCAGGCCACAUGUUGACCGGCGUCCUGUCCAUGCCUGGCCACCCACAACACUGAUCUAUAGCAGGACUGUGGGAUUGAUAGCCUCCAGGCAUUUCUGUGUAGCUAAGCAGACUGAAUUUCCUCAAUCAGACCCCUGUGGUCUGGACUGGAGCAUGUCACAACAUGCACACAAACACACAACACACACAAACACACACACUCCGUCACUCCCACCAAGUCCUGUGUCUGUAUCUGAACUGACAGCUGCCUUAUUACUACUUUUCAUAUCUCAGCAACAGAUGAGGCAUGAGUCGAGCCACUCUGCACUCUUUCUUUUACUCUUCUUUCCAUUUCUUUUCCCCUUUUUUUUUCUGCUAAAGUCAGGAAAAGAUGUAUCCGACUUCCUCUCAUCCCGUGUUCAGGCCUCUGCAGUCGACAAACAGCACAAAGAAUACAUUUCUCCAUCAGACUAUGUUAAGAAUAAACAUUUCUGGGUUUAUUUUUCUGAUGUCAAUAUUGCUAUCGAUUAUCGUUGUUAUUAUUGUUCUCAUUGGGUUAUUUACCUCUCCACCUGGCAUUAUUAUUAUUAUUAUUAUUCCACGGCUCUGUUAGCUGUUGCUUUUUAUGUUGUGGACAUCACAUCAGAUGAUCUUGAACCCCCUUCUUCCUCCUCCUCCUCCCUGCAAAAACUCCAUUCCCUGUUUCAAACCUUUCUAGACCCCGAUCCAGAAACCUUUUUUUCCCCCUCCCAUCUUUUAGUUUUUACAUAUGUAAUAUAACUAAAAUGUGUAAUAUUAAUUUUUUGAGAGCAGUUGUGAUGCUGACAGAGAAAUAACAUCGGGGACUUAGAGGGACGGGCAGGGCUGGAGGAGUUUUAUUUAGCAGCAGGCGGGAGUGAUUUUAUCUUUUUUGUCAUGUAUUGUAAUUUUUAUUUUAUAAUGUUACUUUUUUCUCUCUCUCUCUCUGACGCUCUUUCUCUCUCGCGCUUGUAUAUUUUUCAUUUACGGGGGUGUGGGGGGGCUGUAUCAUUUUAAAAGAAGAAACAAGAUGUGUAUUGUUUUACUGUGUAAAAGUCUAUCUUCUCCCUCUUUUUUGGUCUAUUUUUUUUCCCCUCAUCUCCCCGAGCAGUUAUGUAACACUCAGAUGGAGAGAUGAGAGUUAAUACCAUGAUGUAACAUUGAAUUUCUCCACUUCUCUCAUGUUUUUUUUUUUUUUUCAAACUUGUAAUUAAGCUGUAAUCAGGGUUAAUUAAAACCAGUUAAAACCCAA